AUGGCUAACAGUGCACCGACCGUAACAGACCGCCCAGAGGAGUACACCGAUAAUCCGGCAACCCAACGGCAAGCGUCGUCCGCGUUGGCAUGGUUGCUACUGUACAGUACGGCAAUGUUUACACUGCCGUUUGCGGCCUUCUAUAGCACACGGUACGCACUGACGCACUAUCUGCACAUCGACGGUUUUCCAAACACCUGCGGUUCGGUCGUCGCGGCAGUAUUGGUCGUGAACGUGAUUAUCCUGCUAUAUGCGCUGCGUGGCUAUGAAGAUGCGAAGGAAGACGACAAUCCACCGGAAGAGAGUGAUGGAAAGGGCGAGUCUAAAAAGAAUCAGUAA